AUGGCUGACACCGCGAUUCACAAAAACCGGCCUCCAUUGACCGAAGCUACUAAUCGCGUCAACUCCCCGUGCUCACCAAUAGAUCAAAAUGGUCGUUACAAGCCAUACAAUGAACGGUAUCGUACUCAAGUCCCAACGCGGGCACCGAGUGGGAGCCAUACCAGCUCAAGCCGCCAACCUGAUAUCCGUGUCACCGCAGCUCCGUUAGCUUCGAACCCGCCGAUGGUUGUUCCCUCACAACCGACUCAAGAGCAGGUUGAUCAGAGAAGACUUUCCCAAGCCUCCUAUGACUCGACCUCAAGCAACCGGAGCAAAAAGAACUACAAGACCCAUGUUGGUCCUUGGCAGCUGGGACGAACAUUGGGCAAAGGUUCAUCAGCACGCGUUCGAUUAUGCCGCCAUGCCGUCACAAACCAGCUUGCAGCUGUCAAAAUCGUCAACAGGCGUAUGGCGUACCUCGUACAGGAUAGCAGCUUGGCCGCUCUCACAAAGUGGGACAGCAGCCUGCCCCCUCAAAUCAAUGGUGAAAUGCGAGUGCCCAUGGCGAUUGAACGAGAAGUUGCCAUUCUCAAACUCAUUGAGCAUCCUCAUAUCAUGAAGUUGUAUGAUAUCUGGGAGAACCGCUCUGAAAUAUAUUUGAUUUUGGAAUAUAUUGAUCAAGGAGAUCUCUUCACCUACAUCAACUCUCGUGGGAAAUUGCACGAAGAAGUUGCACUCUACUUCUUCCGUCAAAUGAUUAGCGCAAUCACGUACUGCCAUUCAUUCAAUAUUUGCCACCGUGAUCUGAAGCCUGAGAACAUCUUGAUCAGUGCAGACCUGCAAAUCAAAAUAGCUGAUUUUGGCAUGGCCGCCUUGCAUCAGACCGACACUCACCAGUUGGCUACGGCUUGCGGUAGUCCUCACUAUGCGGCUCCUGAACUUCUCAAGAAUCGGCAAUAUCGAGGUGACAAAGCUGAUAUCUGGAGUAUGGGUGUCAUCCUGUACGCUAUGCUUGCUGCCACCCUCCCAUUCGACGAUCCGGACAUACGAGUCAUGAUGAACAAGACCAAAAAGGGCCAGUAUGUGAUGCCGAAGCAUAUCAGUCCAGAAGCCGAGGAUCUUAUCAAGCGCAUGCUCCAAGUGAAUCCUGAUCGUCGAAUUUCUCUCAAAGAUAUCUGGCGCCAUCCACUUGUUCAGAAAUAUAGCUACCUAGAUAACUACGGCGAGAACAAUGGCCAGCCGCCGGACAUUCGCAAGGGCUUCCAAUACAGUCCAGUUCCUCGGGAGGAAAUUGAUUUCCAGCUGCUCCGCCAGCUGAGAUCAAUGUGGCACAUGUUCAGUGAGGAAGAUCUUGCCAUGAAGCUAUCUUGUAAAGAACCAAAUGACCAAAAGGCAUUCUACUGGUUGCUCUAUAGAUAUCGCGAGAAACAGCUUGAGGAUUUCAGGCCCGAACUCGCCCAUUCAACCAGUGAUUAUCAUCAUCUCAAACCCGGUAUUUGGAAGAAACGUGUCGCAACUUGCCACUUUGCUCAGCCGCGUGCCAACGGACAUGGCCGCUCCGUGUCGAAAUUCACAGUUAUUUCAAACGCGGCGGAGACGGAGGCAGAAACCGACCAAAGCUACGAUCCAUACCGAGGAAGCCGUAUGCUUAAGCCUUGUAACUCACAGGUUAGCCAAGCCAGGAUCACUGUGCACAGGGAUCGCCCAGCCAGCAGCGGGCAUCAAGCCCCCCAUUCGACUAGGAUGCGUAGUAACUCUACUACUCACCGUGUACGCAGUAACUCGAGUAGAGCCUUCGCGAAUGGUCGGCCUGCAUCUUCUCGAGGUUCCAUGGCCUCCCUUCACAGCGCUCGACAUGCAGGGCUGGGAGCGCCUGGCGCGAGUUUGCGACACAAGCGUGGCGUUGAUUUCACGCAAGUGAGGAAACAGUCAACCCAAGCACAGCCACCUGCCCAGCCCAAGGCUCCGGUGGAAGACGUUCCGAAGAUCAAGGAGCCCGCGGCUAGUCAGCCUAAAGUUGAACGAUCCGUAUCUCCAGAGCUGCCGGUUCAAGCCAACGGCACACAUCCGAUGGCCAAGGGUGCACCUAUUGCGGAUGUCUUGUUCAAUGAUGAGCUCCGGCAUUUCAGCAGCAAUAUUGCCAAGGAUUGUGAUGAAGCAUUUGGAAGCUCUCUUAUCGAAGAUGAAUCUAUGGCUGGAUCGAUGACAGAUGGCGAUCGUAAACAACGAGAGUCUCCCUUCAGCUUCAGCCUGGCCAGCACUCCCGAUACGCUUCAAGGAACAGGGGCUUCAGCAAAGCCAUGGGACUUGAGACCACUACCACCUCUACCGCCCAACAAUUCAGCCCAUGGCGAUAGAUUAGAUGGUGGCACUGAUGCAGUCUCGCCGAUAAGUGGUGAUGGAGAAGAACCAACGCACUCUGUUUUCGUCAUGCCAACGCAUUCAGCUGAACGACGUGUCGUUUCCGCCCCAGCUCAAACCAAUAUUACCCGCAAACCAGUUACUAUGCCAUCCAUCAAUGAGAACAAGGCUCUCAAUAGCACCUCGGGUGACAAGGGUCGAAUUGUCUCGGCCCCUCCACACAAUCCAAGAGGAAGGAAUGCAGAGAUACGCGACGACAUGGAAUACUUGAGCAAAGUGGAGAACUCGAUCCGAGUUGUUAGUUCUCCAUCAGAGAGCCCGGUUAAGAUACCAAAGCCUCUGAAUGUGAGAAAGAAAAGCACAACAGAGGUCCCGGUGGUCCAGACUGAGGAAGACGCCAGCCAGACCCAAGCAGACACAUCCCAGGACGCCCAAAACGGUGCGAGGAAGAGAAAACUGUGGUUCAGGAGAACAUCUAGAGCUGAAUCCGAUAGUGGUGGGACGAUCUCUAGCAGAUCUCACGACCAGACGACACAUGCCGGCUCUGAGCCCGUAAACGAAGGCGAUACCAAUCCGAACCACAUCGCUAAUAAUAAGAAGAAGAGUUUCACAUUUCCAUUCUGGAAGAGCAAUAAGAUGGCAGGUUCGACCAUGUCAAUUGAUGAAGAGUCAUCUGCCUCUGCCAAGGAGGGAAAUGCGAUCACAGUCCAACCGAGCAAGGACAAACGAGAUUCGACCGCGAGUAGUCAGCGCAACAUCGAGGUGAAGCAAAACUGGCUAGCCCGGCUAUUCAGGGUCAAACCAGCUACACGUUACCUCUGCAUGGCAAUUUCUCGCAGGCGUGCUCGCCAAGAAGUUGCAAUCCUGCUCCGUGAAUGGAGAAAAUACGGUAUUAGAGGUAUCCAAGUGGACAAGCAACGUAACAUCGUUUUUGCUCGCGUAGGGGCCAAAAACUAUCUGGACCUUAAAGAAGUGGAGUUCGCUGCCGAGGUGAUGACGGUAAUUGAGCACGGGAAGAAGCAGCAACUGAGCAUUAUUCGAUUCACGCAAGAGCGUGGUGCUGCAAGCAGCUUCCACAAAGUUGUCGAAACUAUGAAGAGCGUAUUCGAAAGCCGCAGUCUCUUGGUGCCCGACGAGGGGAAGCAGAAGAUGAUGAUCAAGACGUUGAACUCUUGA